UGGGCAACUGUCUGCAGAGCGGAGCCACGCAUGGAGGGCGCCGCCGGAGACCCGCGAUGCCGCUAGGGGGGAAAGGCCGGCGGGGCACCCCGGAGAGGCGGCCAUGGAUUCCCAGUCACUGGACGGCUGUAUCCAGAGCACGCUAUCGGCGCUCUACCCUCCCUUUGAGGUCACAGCGGCUACGGUGCUGUGCCAGGUCUUUGAUGUCGUGGAGAAGACAUACCGAGGGGACGGCCUGCGCUACCUCAUUGACUUCCUGAUUCCGGCCAAGCACAUCUUGCAGUGUGUCCAGCAGGAUGCCUGUGUACAGUAUUGUGGUUUCUUGUUCCGGCACGAGGGCUGGCCCCUGUGCAUCCAUGAGAAGAUCGUAGUCCAGCUUGCCUCCCUUGACUGGCGGAUCUUGAAGCCGGGCGACUUUUACCUCCAGGUGGUGCCUUACCUGAAAAAGUCCCCACGGAUCAUCGUCAAGUGCUUGGCUAAGGACAGGCAUAAUGUGGAGGAGCUUGUGGUCCCUGAAGUCUCGUACACCUCUAUCUUCACCAUAGAAUGGCUGGACUGCAUCAACAGAGAGCGGAUGGGAUCUGCUCUAGAAAACUGUUUACUAGCCACGGAUGAUAAAAUAUUCCGAGUUCCCUGGGAAAAAAUAGUCAAUCCAGAAUUUAUUGAUCAACCAAAAGCUAUGGAAAGUGACUUACGCUCUGACCCAGUGGCCGAAGGUUGCCCUGCUCUCGGUUUCUCCAAGGAGUUGCUCCAAAGCAUCUCUCCUAAGAAGGAACCCCAGACUUCUCAUGGGCCAAAUUUACCUGGAAACAACUCAGUCAUGACUGCAACAACAGAGGAAAAGGCAGCUGGUACCAGCGAACGUGUGAGCCUCAUGCUCACUGACGACUCUGAAAGUGACAUGGAAGGGGAAUAUGUGGAGCUCGCUGAUGUUCCUGUGCCUCGAUUGGGACCCCAAAUGGGUUCCUUGACCCAGUCAGUCUCUCUCACUUAUUGCACUAAGCCCCAGCCAAGAGCAAAGAGCCAAUCAGCAACCCAUCAGGUCAGCAGCAAUUGCUCGCAGAACGGGGUAUGUUUAGCACUUGCGUCGAUGCCGCACAGCCAGUUGGAUGCAACAAGGACUGCUGACACCCGGGUGGGUGAUGCUGGGAUUUGUUUGGAGACCUGUCAUGCCACUGAAAGUGAACCAUUGCUAUUGAAAAUUGCAGAGGAACCUGAGAGGCAUCCAACGUCUGGGUUUCCCGGUGUUGCCUCUGCAGUCACUGGCACUCAGGAACCUUCCCAUGGGAAGCAACAAGCUCACCCGGAGCACGAGCUUGACUGGAGAUAUGCCAUGUACAGCUACACAGAUGACGAGGACCCUGAAUGGAAGCCUCCGACUGCAGGGACCCUUGAAAAAACAGACGUGGCCUUGGGGAACAUGGCAGAGGAGGACAGUGGUGGAGGGGAAUCCAAGGGCUGCCUCAGGGUGUCUGACACAGAGGUGACCCAGGGAGGAAGCAGGGAGGGCAAUGUGAUUGCUGGGGAGGGUCUCCCUGCGGGACAUUUGAGGCUGUGCUGCAGUUGCAAGGAUGACUCUGGCAGUCCUAAGCCAAGGCUGCCAGAAGAUGCUUUUCCCCAACCUGUAACAAACCUGUUACCACCAGGACCUGCCUCUGAUGUGAAGGCAGCAGACGCUCACCCCUUGCAGGAAUCGUCAUCCGGGGUCAUCAAUUGUUGUUCUGAACGGCUGGUGGGGGUCUCCCUUUCUGACAGUCAGGCAGGAGAAGCAAGCCCAAAUCAAAUAGUUACAUUAUCAAAGCUGGGCGGGUUUGGCUGUGGUGAGGGAGAGCCCCAAGGGAUGGCUCACCGGGGUCUUGUGGAACAGGAGAAGCAGAACGGUCAUGGAGAUUGCUUGUCUUUCAAAGGGCAGAUAGGGGGAUGUCUGUUCCCAGAAGGCGGGCAGGAGAAUGUGCAUGAUCCUCAACAGGAAGCUGAGGAUGCUUUGCAGCUUAGCCCUCCUGUAGUGACACCUGGAAGGCCAAUAGCUGAGCAGCGGGAGAACAGCGGGAGUCCUCCGGCAGGGGCUGAAGUGCACACCAAGGACUUCCAAACCACAGUUGACAUGGAAGGAGCUGAAGCAUGCCGGGUGGACCAUCCAAGUGAGUCAAACUCUCUGCUGUCGGAAACUUCCAGGGAGGCCUGUGGGUUGGAAGGUUUGACAGGCCAGAGAGAGGAAAGUGAUGAAAAUGGUUCAGGAAGAGAAGAGCCACACCCAUGGACCCUCCCGAAAGCUGGGUGUCAGUCUGCCCCCCUCGAAACUCCUGAACAGCUGGAUCCUGGUGAGCCUGGUGUGGAGGACACCACAUCAUCCCUCUCAGCACCAGCGACCGAUGAGUCCCCAGGCAGUGCCAGGCACAGAAGCCCAGGUGAUGUGAAUGGGGAUCAGGAUGCUGCUUCCAAGGUGUUGCUUGUCAGAGAAACUUCAUUCAAAUGGGCAGAACAAAUCAAUGGAUCAACUGGAACCACUGGUCUGGGGUCCAUGAAUCCCAGCUGCACCUGGGAAGAAAGCGCCAUGAAUGUGGCACAGCAGAAACUCCCAUCCUUUCCAUCUGGCAGGAAUCUGCAAACAGCCCCCAUGACCAUGAAGGAUGUGAAUCUGGAGGUGUUGCAGAGUGGAGUCGCCUGCCUCCCAGGCGCCAGAGACAAGUCCGGGCAUGCUGUGAUCAUAAUCACAACGAGGAAUACAGUUUGGCUGAACCCGCAUUGCAAUGCCAGUGAGCUGACACGCCUCCUCCUGUAUUUGCGCAGCACUCUCAGGCCCGAGUGCCGGAGUCUGGGUCUAGCCAUUCUAGUUGAUGCUCGGCGAUGCUCUCCGGUACCAGCUCUCUUUAAAGCUUUGGCUGUACUGCAGGACGCUGUCCCUCACUGCAUCCACACUGUCCUUUUGCUCGUCGAGAAAGAUGUCACCUUCCGGAUGGAGAAACCAGCUUCUGUGCAGGUGGAGCUUCUGACGUCCAUGAAGUCCCUCCACAAGCACAUCGACAGCGCAAAGCUGCCCCUGGAAUUUGACGGGGCCCUUCCGUAUUGCCACCAGGACUGGCUCCGCUUUCGGAUGCGUCUGGAGCAUCUGCUGCAAGGGUGCCGAGGCGCGUCCACUUUCCUUGCGGGGGCCCUGCAGGCCGUGAAGUCCAGCGGAUUGCCAGACAAAGCGGAGGAGGCUGAUGCUUUGCUAAAGCACUACAGGCAGUUGAUGAAGACUGUUCUUGAGGACUCUCGGCUGGUCAGAUUGCAGCUGGAGGGUGGGGCGCUGCUGGCCCGCUUGAGGAAGGAGGAGUCCUCUGUUACUCUGACAGAGGACUACAGAGAUGCGCUGGAGGAAGCCGUCACACUUUACAACCAGGUGGACGAAAGCAUUCACCAGCUCGUGAAGAUCUCCAACAAGCGAAUCCAGGCCCUGGAACUGGUGAUGGACUUUGAGGUGUUUGAAGAGUGCUUCCGAGAGGUCAGCAGCUGGAUCGAGAAUGUUGGCCAGAGGCGGCUGGCAGAGCUGAGCGAGAUGGAUGAUUCUUUGGAGGUCCUCCUUCGAGCACAGAAGCAGUGCCAGGAUUUUGAUCUGGUUGCUAACGAAUACUGCCAAAGGGGACGAGAAGCUUUGCAGAAGAUGGGCAGGUGGGAAGACUUUUCUUCGACGGAGCUGCAUGCAGCGUAUGGAGUCAAACUGCAGAUGUGGAGGAACCAGCUGCAGGGAUUCUGCAGCCAACUGGAGGCCAACAGGAGCCGGAUCAACCAGACUGCCAAACUCUAUGAAUUCUUUGACCAGGCGUACGAGUGGGCACUGGAAGGGAUGCGCCAGCUCGCCAGCAUCAGCAUGGAGGACUGCAGCUCCCGGGAGCACUGCUCGGCGGCCCUCAAGUGCCUGGAGAGCUACAAGGAGCAACACUCGGAAAUCGGCGAGGCCAGGUUCCAGGAGGCGAAGGAGCUGGCCUGUCAGCUGCGGAGCAGCAACGGCCUGAAGCAGUGGCAGUUUGCAUGGUCCAAGUGCCAGGAGACGAAACUGGCCUUCGAGAUGAAGCUCGAAGCUGCCCUGAGGACCAAGAGGUCUCUGUGUCCAGAGGGAGAGUGGGGCUUACCCGGCCAGGAGGGCAGGCUGCCCUCUGAGGGGGCUGCUCAGAGGCUGGUUGCUGGUGUGGCUUCAAGUGCGUCUCACUGCCAGGGAAGGCCCAGGCAGCCUUCUGGAGGGGCCAGGGAGAAUGCAGUGGGCCUGCGAGAGGGCGCUGGAGCUGGGGAACGGGUUGUCCUGCAAGCUGCUGCUCCCACCUCCAGUAGGAGCGCUCUAGAGGCUCCCAAGCCUCCCCACUGUGCACGGGACGAGAAGUCGACCCUCGAGAGCAUUGCGGAAGCCCUGGAUGCAUCGCCUUCCUGCCCUUCCACCCCAGCCUCGAGGCAGCCAUUUCCCAAAAGGAUCCUGAGGAAGGCCCAGAGUUUUGAACUGGCCUGCACCGAGAGCCUGCGUUCCAGCUGCCAGCGGACUCUGAGCGAGCCGGCCCGCUAUGGCAACACGGGGGUCUUCAUCAAAGGGCUGGAAGUCAGCAGCACCGAGCUGGUGGACCGGGCCAGUGCGUCCCGGCAGCACCUCAGCCCUACCAACUGGAUUGCAGGCUGCAUGCAAGAAGAGCGGAGGAGCAGCGCAUCUGGGCCAGAGGCCAGGAGCUGGGGCAGCAAACUGCGGCACAUCAUCGAUGAGAUGGUGACAACGGAGCAGGAGUAUGUCCGGUCCCUUCGCUACAUCAUUGAGAGCUACUUCCCCGAGAUGGAGCGCGUGGACCUGCCUCAGGACCUGAGGGGGAAGCGAAGUGUCAUUUUUGGGAACCUGGAGAAGCUCUAUGACUUCCACAGCCAAUACUUCCUACGGGAGCUGGAGAGCUGCUGCAACCACCCUCUGCGUGUCAGCCACUGCUUCCUGAGACAUAAAGACCAGUUUGGGAUGUAUGCGCUGUACAGCAAAAACAAGCCCAAGUCUGACGCACUCCUGGCUAGCCACGGAAACACUUUCUUCAAGUUCAAGCAGGUGCAGCUGGGAGACAAGAUGGACCUGGCUUCCUACCUCCUGAAGCCAAUCCAGCGCAUGAGCAAGUACGCCCUCCUGCUGAAGGACCUCAUCAAGCAGUGUGGGGAGGCGCAGGAGCAGGAGCUGGUCUACCUGCGGGCUGCCGAGGAGAUGGUGCGCUUCCAGCUGCGACACGGCAACGACCUCCUGGCUAUGGACGCCAUCCGGGAUUGCGACGUGAACCUCAAGGAGCAGGGGCAGCUGGUGCGCCAGGAUGAGUUCAGCAUCUCCCUGGGGCGCAGGAAGUGCCAGCGCCACGUCUUCCUCUUUGAGGACCUGAUCCUCUUCAGCAAGCCCAAGAGGAUCGAGGGAGGGCUCGACGUCUACAUCUACAAGCGCUCCUUCAAGACAGCAGACAUUGGUCUUACAGAGAACUCAGGGGAAAGCGGCCUGCGCUUCGAGAUCUGGUUCAGGCGGCGGAAAUCGAGCGACACUUACAUCCUGCAGGCCAGCAGCCCAGAGACAAAGCAGGCCUGGACCAGUGACAUCACCAAGAUCCUGUGGGAACAGGCAGCCCGCAAUAAAGAAAUCCGCAUGCAGGAGAUGGUGUCCAUGGGUGUAGGCAACAAGCCUUUCCUCGACAUCAAGCCGAGCGAAGCUGCCAUCCACGACCGCGCCAUCGAUUACAUUAUGAAAGGCAGGGGAGCAAGGACCCGGGCUUCCAUUGCUGUGUCUCUGUUUGACCACACCAAUCCCUACAAGAGAUCACCAGCUCCUCUGCUUGCCGGUGGCCCCUCUUCCUGCUCAGUGCUCGGGCCCCUCAACCUGCACAUGUACCUGAAUCAGGCCCUACUGCCAAGCAUGCUGAGUGCCAGCCGGCCCUUUGACACUGAUGGUUGCAUUGAGGAGGAUGAGAUGGAGAAUGAGACCAGCAGCCAGCCUUCAAUGACAACGGAGAGCUCCGAGUCCUCCCACUACAUGUCUGGCAGUGGCUCCAGCAGUUCUGACAGCGGCUGUGUCUCUGGCAUUCCUCGGGACAGCUUCUGUGAAGAUCUGGGGUCCCCGCUUUCCACUCCCACAAGUUCUUCCUUGGCCUCCCCCCUGGAAGAGAAAAGCUGUUUCCCCAAAAGCCAGUAUGUUUCAGCGGUUUGAAUGCCAGUUUCCAUUGACGUUUUGGAGGAGCCCGAAACAAGGAACCCUCCCUACAGUGCUCCAGAGGCCACAACGUUAGUAGGGGGAGAUCAGUGUCCCUCAAGGUCCACAACUGCCUAGACCCCCUUUUUUAGAGUAGCGUCACCCGAUUCAGUUGAAGAGUGGGCCUGAACUGCCAUCUCAGGGGCCAGCCCUGGCUUGUUCCAUGGAGGCUACUGCGGUCAGGCCCUAGCCACCGUGUUUCCUUCUGUUAGCACAUCGGGAAGCAAUAUGGUGGCUGGACCUGGGGAACUGGAAGCAGCAGUAAGCAACAGUGAAAUAGCGGCGGUGGG